AUGGUCACCAACAGCUGUCGCGGUGGCGCGUAUACCACCAUCAAAGAGCACGUCACCUUCGAAAAGGAGAUCAAGAAGAGCAAAUUCAUUGCCCUCGCCGCUUCCGUCUCCGAUGAACAAUCCGCUCUCUCCAUCCUCUCUCAGGUUAGGGAUCCUUGGGCUACUCACAAUUGCUGGGCAUACAAGGUGGGAGAUCAGUACCGGUCUAAUGAUGAUGGUGAGCCAUCUGAAACGACCGGGAAACCCAUUCAUUCUGCUAUUGAGUCUUUCGGAAUUGAUAGAGUAAUGGAGCUAGUCAUUCGGUAUUUUGGAGGAAUUAAAUUGGGGACUGGAGGACUAGUCAGGGCAUAUGGAGGAGUAACAUCAGAAUGCUUGAGAGAUGCCCCAACUCAUCCUGUAAAAUCGAAGGUAAGAAUGGGUGUAGAGGUUCCAUUUGAUCUUAUCGGCAUUCUAUAUCAUCAGCUACAAUCUUUUCAAGUUGAAGACAUCGAACAAGAUUAUGAGACCGGUAGAGAUGGUAUCACCAUGGUUACCUUUCAAGUUGAUUUUGACCGUGUUGAGAAAUUAGAGGAUGCUAUCAAAAACAACUGUAGCCGGGAGUUGGUGUUGUAUGCAAAUUUCAUGACAAAGCAUUUUGAGACCGGAACAUUCAAUUUUCUAGCCCUGCUUGGAAGCAAUCAUAUGCGACUGGUGCUCAUUCACCUGAAUGUUGCAUAUAGUACAGUCUCCAUUUGUAUAUGA